AUGUUGGGAAUGAUGGACUGGUUUUCAACAAAUUUAUUAAGGAAACGGAUGGAGGAGGAGGGGGGUAACGACCGUUGGGUUGAUGACCCAAUAUACGGAUUGAGCAGACUAGAUGGUCGGGCUCUGGACAGCUUGAACAAUAAUUCACCAAUAUUAACCAGCCAGGAGCUUUACAUUCUACGAGUAAUAGCACUGGUAGCAGCGAGCAUUUCAUUAAUCAGUGGUUUUGUUGUUGGAUGGUGGUUUGUACGCAUGAAGAGAAGCUUCAGACAUCAUCUCAUUAUGUUGCUGGUAUUUUCAGACUUCUUCAAAGCAAGCUGGCAGCUGAUAUACCCGGCGGUUGUAUUCACGAAUGGGGCGGUUUCGAGUACAUCGAGGUUUUGCCAGGCUGCUGGAUUUUUCAUGUCUAUGGGGAUUGAGGCUUCCGAUUUCGCGGUAUUGGUAAUAGCAGUCCACAGUGCACUCUAUAUUUUCCGACCCGGCCUAACAGCAAUCGGUGAAGGCGGACUGUAUCGAUAUCGUCACUCGGUUUACGUUGCGUGGCUCGCCUUUUCAAUUUUGAUGCCUUCACUAGCCUAUGUCAACAGUACACCAGCCUACACAGCCCAAGGUACAUUUUGCUAUCUUCCAGUACGCCCAUUCUGGUAUCGAAUGGCAUUAGCCUGGAUACCUCGAUACGUGAUUCUGGUCGUGAUUUUAAUAAUCUACGCCUCCAUCUACAUCUAUGUGCGAAUGAAGUUUCGCACAUUUCGGAGUCACGUGGGUGCCAGUACACUUGAGAUGGAUACGGCGGAUUUGGUUGCAGCAGAGCAACCUAAACCAAAUAACGGACAGGUGCCAGCAUUGGAUGACCAUGGACUGAUACCAGUAUCACCUAGUGGGGACAGCCGACAAGCAUCAAAUUCCUCAGACCAACCAUUUGCAAAGGCUUUGAUAAUCCCUCAGACCAUUGCGGAGAAGCUCAACUUUUCACCUUGCAACUCAGAACCCCGUGGAUCGACCUGUGAUGGCAACUCAUCAUCACCUUCACGUAGGGGAUCGUUGCCUAUGUCUGUUUCUAACAUGGAUAACAGCAAUAACACGCGAGGAGGGGGAGGGGGAGGCAGUCAGGAUGCAAGGAAUGCCAGGUUGCGGGGGAGAAGGAUAGCCAUCAGUCGACAACUACGACUAUUAUUCAUUUACCCAUUGGUAUACGCCCUUAUGUGGGUGCUACCCCUGAUAAGUCACCUACUACAGUAUCAGGACAAAUUCGUCAAAAACCCCAGCUUUCCAUUGGCCUGUAUGGUUGCGUUCACAAUACCUGUGCAGUGUGCGGUGGAUUGUUGGUUGUUUACGAUCCGGGAGAAACCAUGGAGGUAUAUCCCGAAAUCUGACGGAAAAUGGUUUUGGUCAAGAUACGGGUUCUUUGCAGGAGAGGAGCCUGCAACUAGCAGAAAUGAGGGCGAUGGUUGGAGGAAGAAGAAGAAUAUGAGCUUUGAGGCAAGGAAGGCCUACGAGAGAAGGGAGGAGGAGAGAAGAGAAGCAGCGGAGGUUUGGUUGACGAGGCAGGAGGAGAAAGGGAGACGACCACCGAUGCCCCGAAGAUCAGACACAAACUGGUGGGAUAUUGUCGACAAUGGCGAUAUUGCGGAGGAAUCAGAAGAGGAGAUGUCUGAAGUUGAACCUCGUGGCCGCAUAGAUGAGUUAGGAGCAUUAGAGGAUGGGAGAGGACCUAUGGGAGAGGAACCACCGAGCAAUCAUUAA